CUGGCGUUCGCGUUGCGUCAUCUGUUAAAAUUCAAGCUUUGACGGAGGUCUCAGUCAGCGUUAGAGACCUAUCAAACUUGAUAAAGCAUAAAUCGUGCGCGGAGGGUUCUGCUAAGUGGGAAUGGAAGUGGAGUGAAUCGGUCGUUUAAUAAUGUAACUGACAAAACGGUAGAACGAUCGUCGAUUAUUGAUGGCUCCGCUCGGAACAUCUGACUCCUCAAUGCUCCUUACCGUGGAACACAAAUUCAUCAUCUAGCAAUAUUCCUGUUCAGUUAGAUGUCAUCACUUUGGCAGUUUUGGUGAAGGCUUCGUACGACACCUGUAAAAGAUGCAACGUUAGUUACAUGGUAACAAAAAGAGCACCACGAACGGCUGCCCAAUAUCUCUACAAUCCGCGCAUACACGGCCCCCUCGAGAAUCAAGUUUCCUAUUUGUCGGAGGACAACUACGCCGAAGAACAGGAACCAAUCCAAACUGAAGAACAGUCCCUGAAUAGAGAUAACAGAAAUUCAUUACCGGAGUACCGUGACCUUUGCGAAAUAAUAACUAAAAAGGUACAGCUAGAUGAUAGUGAAUAUGAGUAUCUACCGCCACAUUACCAUGAAGUUUAUUGCAAGAACUAUCCUUUCUAUGGCAAUGAGCAGGCCACUGUGAACUUGAAGCAGGAAUGUGUAAAUCCAGGAUUUCAUUGUGUACAAAGAAGUAAGACCUUGUUCUUGGUAAGACGACGAUGGGACAGCGAAUGUUGGGAACCAUUUGUUAAGAAGAUUGCCAGUGGCUGUGACUGCAUGUGGCCAGUAUCUGUACUCGGUGAUAUAAGCGGUCACUAUUGAUUUUCGUUAUGGAUGAGGUUGAAAGGGAUCAGAAUUUAAUGAUUGGGGCAGAAUAAUCGAAGAACAGUAAUAAAGGAGAAAGACUUGUUUGUGAUUGUCCCACCGAAUGAUCUUAUUCCAUCGGCGAGCGUUUAUUUGAAAAUAUAGUCAUAUAAAAUCUUUCUCUCUUUAUGACAAUUUACUUUACAUUAUUAUCCGCCGUUUUUCCACGAGUUCGCCUUGUGUUUUGGCAAAAAGUGGAAUCCCUCAGGAACUUUUCCUAGUAACAUUUCCCUGAAAGAAAAGAACGUUGAUAGGAGAUUGUUUGAAUAAAUAUAAUUACACUUAUGUGGAUAAAUAAAGUUAUACUUACGAUAAUUUAAUCCAGUCAGCACAAUUUGAACUGGCCAUUAAUGUUUCCAUAUCGUUACGACCGCGAUAAAA